UGCAUAACGCCGGAUCUCCAAUUCCGCACUUUCACUAUACGUUCAUCUCGUUAGCUAUGUCGAAAGCGUCCGGUGAGAAGAAAGAGCAUCUCUACAAAGUGUUGGUGAUUGGUGAUGGUGGCGUCGGAAAAACAUCAUUCAUUAAACGCUAUGUUCAUCAGUUUUUCUCAGUUCACUACAAGGCUACGAUUGGUGUUGACUUUGCGUUGAAGCUGCUGAGCUGGGACUCUAACACUUUCAUUCGAUUGCAGUUGUGGGACAUUGCUGGUCAGGAAAGGGAUGGCAGCAUGACAAGGGUUUAUUUCAGGGAGGCAGUUGGAGCAUUUAUUGUGUUUGAUGUCACCAAACCGCUGACCUUCCAAUCAGUACAAAAAUGGAAAAGUAGUCUUGAUGCAAAAGUCCAACUUUCCAACGGACAACCCAUUCCCUGUGUUCUUGUAGCAAACAAAUGUGAUUUGCCCAAGGAGGGUGUGGUCAACAACAAACAUCAUAUGGAUGAGUAUUGUAGUACGAAUGGAUUUCUCAACUGGUUUGAGGCGUCAGCGAAAGAGAACAUUAAUAUUGAUGAAUCAGUUCGAUGCCUUGUUGCACAGGUCUUGGAUAACGAUGAAGCCAAUGAAUGGGCAAAAGACAGCGAACUUGUCAACACAACAGAAGAGUUCAAACCAAAAAAAAACACAAGUGGCUGUUGUUAGUGUUUCAAUUGUCUUACAUUUGCAUAAAUGAAAGCUCAGUGUAGAAAAAAUAAUUGUGAAUUUGACAAUUUUGUACUUCAUUCUAUUUUGUACCUCAAUUUAGUAUGUAUGCAGAAUUCAUGAAGUAAUUUUUUGUAAACAGUAGAGUUUUUGUCAUUGAUGGUUUGUGUUAGAGUUUGCAUACUUUGGGUUAUGAAAAUGUGAAUGUUUUUAGGUUGA